AUGAAUAUGGGUAGCUCUUCUACCGCUUCUACUGGUGCGAAAUGCAAGAUUUCCAUGUUAUGGAAUUGGUACACUAUUGACUCUUGUUUUAUUUCAAGAUCAUGGCAUGUUCACAGCAAAGGACAAUUUGCUGGAACUUGUAUUGGAUGUUUUCUCUUAGUUCUUUCCGCCCAAUGGUUGCACCGUGUUGCCAGGGAAUACGAUGCUGCUAUUGCCAGAAGAAGACUAGCGUUCAUGAAGCAACAGGCAACAACUGACAUUCACACACCCUCCAGUAAUUCCACCGAUUAUAAAAAGGAUCUUAACUGCUAUAAUCAUGAUUACUUUGAUUCAAGAGGCACCUGGUUGUUGGCAAAUGAUAAUGUUAUUUCUAAUUUGCUUCAGCCAAUCUUGUACACUUUAUCGCACAAUUGGGUUUGGGAUUCUAGAGCUGGAUCAUCCUAUAAUGCAGUGUACCCAACUUUGGCAGAGCACUUGGUUAAGGCCGCUAUUUUCACUAUUCAAUGGGGUCAAUCAUAUGUUAUCAUGCUUAUGUUCAUGUAUUACAAUGGGUACAUAAUCAUCUCGUGUAUUCUUGGUGCGUUGUUUGGAAGAAUGAUUUUCAAUUAUGAACCAAUUACCAACUUCACGAGAAGUGAAAGUGAAUCUAAUGAUAGAAAAUGUUGCAUGUAA